AUGCGGGUGCAUUGCUCGGGCCUCAUUGCGAGGUCCUUGAGUCGUCCACCAGUGCAUCCCUCCUCCUUACCACGAUGCGGCCAGAAAUGGUCCCGCCGAUCACUGAACGCCGGGAGACGUUCAUUUCAGAGCGAUAGCAACGGCAGAGAACAGGCGCCGGACUUUGCAUUCGCUUUUGACAUCGACGGUGUCCUCGUGCGGAGCUCGAAACCGAUCCCACGUGCCUCGUCGACGCUCCGGUUCCUCCAGCGCAACCGCAUCCCGUUCAUCCUCCUCACCAACGGCGGCGGCAAGCAUGAAUCCGAACGCGUCAAAGACCUCUCCGUGACCCUGUCCGUGCCGCUCGACACCUCCAACUUCAUCCAGUCGCACACGCCCUUCGCCGAGCUGAUCCAUGGGGAAGAGAGCCUGCGGCACAAAUGCAUCAUGGUGGUGGGCGGCGAGUACGGACGCUGCCGGAACGUGGCUGAGAGGUACGGCUUCACCAACGUCGUCACGCCUGAUCUGGCCGUUCAGCAAGCCCUUCCGGCGCGACUACUAUGCAUCCUUCGCGCGGCCGCUCCCCAAACCGAUAACCCGACGUCCCCGGAGGACAGUCUCAAGAUUGACGCCGUAUUCGUCUACAACGACCCGCGCGACUGGGGGUUGGACAUGCAGGUGAUCCUGGACGUGAUGCUGUCGCGCGAGGGGAUCAUGGGGACCUACUCGUCCAAGAACGGCGACCUGUCCCUCCCGAACAGCGGCUUUCUCCAGGACGGCCAGCCGACGCUGUACUUCUCGAACCCGGACCUGCUGUGGGCGGCGGACUACCACCUGUCGCGCCUGGGCCAGGGCGGGUUCCGCGAGGCGCUCGAGGGCCUGUGGCGCGCCGUGACGUACAACAAGAACCACCAGCACCACAAGGCGCCGAAACUGUACAAGCGCGUGAUCGGCAAGCCCUACAAGACGACCUACACGUUCGCCGAGAAGCAGCUGCUGCGGUACCGCGAGGCUCUGUUCGGCAAUUCUUUGAAGAGUCCCACAGCCACCAAGUUGAAACGGGUCUACAUGGUCGGGGACAACCCCGAGAGCGACAUCCGUGGCGCCAACACCUACGAAUCCGCCCACGGCAUCCGCUGGGUCAGCUUGUUGACCCGGACGGGCGUGUAUAAAGACCAAGACGGCCGACGGCCUACGUGGGAGCCCGCGGCCAUUGUGGACGACGUGAGAGGGGCGGUGCAGUGGGCGUUGAAGGACAGUAACUGGCACCAGACCUUGGAAUAG